AUGGAGGAGACGGCGAGGCAGCUCAUCGCUCGCCUUGCCGCCACCCCGGACUCCGCCGUGCAGGACCUCCCCUUCCUCCACCGCGCCCUCACCCUCCCCCUCCUCUCCGCCGCGCUCCGCCUGUCCCUGCUCCUCUCGCAGCUCCGCCCGAGCCACACGCUGCCCGUUCCCAUCGUCAGCGUCGGCAACCUCACUUGGGGUGGAAAUGGCAAGACGCCCAUGGUCGACUUCUUGGCCCGCAGCUUCCACCGCCUCGGCGUCUUGCCACUGAUUCUGACGAGGGGUUAUGCAGGCGGCGAUGAGCCAAAGAUGCUCCGGAGGCGCCUUUCCGACAUUUCGGCCAAGAUUGGGGUCGGUGCAAAUAGAACAGCAGUGGCUUCUUCCAUGCUGCAAGAAUAUGGCUUUAUCCAUCAUUUUCAGACCACCUGUGAUGAGAAGCUUUCAUCAGCCUGCAAACUGGAAUCUGAUAGUAGGAUUGGAGUAGCUAUACUAGAUGACGGUAUGCAGCAUUGGAGCUUGCUCCGAGAUGUGGAGAUUGUGAUGGUUAAUGGGUUGGCUCCAUGGGGAAACACCCAUUUCAUUCCACGAGGACCCAUGAGAGAACCUCUGAGCGCACUUGGUCGAGCUGAUAUUGUGAUCAUCCAUAAUGCUGACAUGGCUUCUGAAGCGCAACUUAAAUCAAUAAGGUCCACAAUAGAGGAUAAUAGCGCAACAUGCUCAGCGUUCUACAACAGAUUGGCUCCAUCACAUCUUUUUGAAGUUAAGCAACCAUUACAGAGACUUCCCCUUAAUGUGUUGAAUGAUAAGAUCGUGCUAUGUGUUUCUGCAAUUGGCUGUCCAAAUGCUUUCAUUCAUACAGUCAGAGAGAUUGGUCCACUCAAAGUUGAUAGGUUGGAUUUCAGUGACCAUCAUUUCUUCAAUGCUCAUCAAACUACUUCUGUUCUCUGCUAA